CCUCACCAAUCGAGCGGGCACUGGACUGAAACCGCAGACAGCAGAAGGAACUACAGAAAUCUCCAGCGGAGAGCUGCUAAUGCAACUUAUUAUUUUCGCAUUAAAUAGACUCCAUAACAGACGAAGAAAUGUUGGGAGUUCCUAAACUUCCCCUCACGGUUAAACCUGAGGUGGACCUUGUUCUGGUGGCCGUCACGGCAGCGGGACUGGCAACCCGGUUAUGGGGGAUAACCUACCCUACAGCUGUCGUGUUUGAUGAAGUCUAUUAUGGACAGUUUACAUCUCUUUACAUGAAAAAUAUAUUCUUCAUUGAUGACAGCGGUCCUCCAUUGGGGCAUAUGAUUCUGGCGUUGGGGGCAUUUCUUGGAGGGUUCGAUGGAAACUUUGUUUGGAACAGGAUUGGAGCAGAGUACCCUUGCAGUGUUCCUGUGUGGAGCCUGCGCUUGCUGCCCGCCCUGGCUGGCUCUCUCUCUGUCCCGCUGGCCUAUCAGAUAGUGGUGGAGCUUGGGUACUCCCACCUCACUGCCCUGGGAGCUGCCCUCCUCGUCCUGUGUGAGAACUCCCUCGUUGUUCAGUCCCGGUUCAUGCUUCUGGAAUCUCUGCUCAUAUUUUUUCUCCUGCUGGCAGUUCUUUCUUACCUGAAGUUUCACAACAGCCACAAACGGAGUGCACAUUUCUCCCCCAGCUGGUGGUUUUGGUUGCUUCUGACAGGGGCGGCCUGUGCCUGUGCUGUCGGUGUGAAGUACAUGGGCCUGUUUACCUAUUUCCUCCUGCUGUGCGUUGCUGGGGCACAUGCGUGGCAAGUGAUUGGCGACCCAAAGCUAUCCAAUACGGCAGUGUUGUACCAUGUAGUAGCCAGGGGGGCUGCGCUGGUAGCCCUCCCUGUGGUUCUCUACUUGGGCUUCUUCUGCCUGCAUCUGAACCUGCUGUACCGCACGGGACCCCACGACCAGAUCAUGACCAGUGCCUUCCAGGCCAGCUUGGAGGGCGGGCUGGCUCGAAUCACUCAGGGUCAGCCUCUGGAAGUGUCCUACGGAUCCCAGAUCACCCUGCGCAAUGUGCUGAGCCAACCAACCCCCUGCUGGCUUCACUCGCACAAGGGCAACUACCCCAUCAGGUAUGGGGAUGGCCGAGGCAGCUCCCAUCAGCAGCAGGUCACCUGCUACCCCUUUAAAGACGUCAACAACUGGUGGAUUGUAAAAGACCCGGGCCGGCGGGAGCUGGUGGUGAGUAACCCUCCACGACCGGUCCGACACGGAGACACCGUGCAGUUGGUACACGGCAUGACCGCACGCUUCCUCAACACGCAUGACGUGGCUGCCCCAAUGAGCCCCCACACACAGGAAGUGUCCUGCUACAUUGAUUACAACAUCUCCAUGCCAGCACAGGACCUCUGGAGGGUGGAAGUUGUGAACCGCGAGAGCGAGCGGGAGGUUUGGAAGACAAUUCUGUCCGAAGUCCGAUUGGUGCACGUCAACACCACUGCAGUGCUAAAGCUCAGUGGAGCCUCCUUGCCGGACUGGGGAUUUCGGCAGCUGGAGAUCGUGGCGGACAAGAUGGCAAGGGGAUACCACCAGAGCAUGGCAUGGAACGUGGAGGAGCACAGAUACGGGAAAAGUCACGAACAGAAAGAGAGAGAGCUGGAGCUGCACUCCCCGUCGCAGAUCCACGUCAGCAGAAACCUCAGCUUCAUGGCCAAGUUUGCGGAGUUGCAGUGGAAGAUGCUGACGCUGAAGAAUGAAGAAUCAGAACACAAGUAUAGCUCCUCCCCCUUGGACUGGAUCACCAUGGAUACCAACAUUGCUUAUUGGCUCCAUCCAACUAGCAACGCUCAGAUACAUCUCAUUGGGAACAUCGUUAACUGGUCCUCUGCUAAUAUCAGCCUCUGUGCUUAUGCUGCCCUCUUCCUCUGGUACCUGCUAAGGCGACGUCGGAGAAUGGAAGACAUCCCUGAAGACUCCUGGUCUCAGUGGGUGCUGGUGGGUGCUCUCUGCGCCGGGGGCUGGGCUGUCAACUACCUGCCCUUCUUCAUGAUGGAGAAAACCCUGUUCCUGUACCACUACCUGCCUGCGCUGACCUUCGAAAUCCUCCUCCCUCCCAUAGUGCUGCAGCACGUGCAUGACCACAUCCUCAGGUUUCCGGCGCACAGACAUGCCCUCGGCGCCCUUGUCCUGGCUUGGCUCUCUUCGGUUUACCUGGUGUACCGCAGCUUCAGCCCCCUCACCUACGGGCAGCCCACCCUGUCUGCAGCCGAGCUGGGGGCCCUGCGCUGGAAGGACACCUGGGACAUUCUCGUACGCAAGCGUUAGCCAGCUCCUCGCCGGACACGCGCUGUCACGUUUCACACUGCGUGCAGGCUACGGGAGGAACGUGGAAAGCAGGACGGAAUGGAGUAGAGAGCUAGAAUCUACAGCCAGCUGGCACUGAUGUGUAAAGGCUAUUCUGUCCAUCGGGAAUGACACUCUUUCGGUUAGUUUGUUAUCAUGCAAAUGUAUCUCAAUCUUGUAUUGUUAAGGAAUAUAUAAACGAGAUGGCAAUCCAGCUUUCUGGGUGCAUACAACUUUGCUCCAAGGCGUACAGGAUCUGGAUACCGGUGAGUUUUAUACAGAUUCCAAAUGAACAUGAAAAUGACCCCUACUUUAUGUUAAGGAAGCUAGUCGUCCCCCCCCCUUUUGGUAUUGUAUAACACUAGAGGCAGGCCCCUCACUACUGUGUGGGUACAGGAUUUUCUGUGGGAGGAUGGGUAUUAAAAGUACACUCCAAAGCCGUUGACGUGUGGAGAAGCAGAAAUAAAUCUUAGUUAUUAAAAUGUGAAAUGGUGAAAGUAGAGAAGACAUGAUGUUUUUAUUGUGUAAACCUGAAACACUUUAAAAAAUGGGAGGUGUCCUACCAAUGAUAUUUUUUUGGAUUGCUAUUAAUUGCAUUUGAUUCUGCUGCUAAUGAGCAGUUAACAGAAAUACAGUGCUCUUUCUUUACUCUGAUUUAAGAAUAUCUUUAUACAGUGAUGCACAGUACAUGUUAGAUCGACUGUUGGCAUGGCGCCCUACUGAAUUGUGAAAUAACAAGGCAGUACCGCGGUGCAUUAUGCCAGCAGUUCUGUUACUCUACCUUCACACUG